UGUAACUCCGAUACAUUCAUUUAGAUUUUGACAGCAGUUUGACAUAGUUCUAUUUUGAAACACUCUAAGCGUUACCUUGUGAAAGUGUUAUUUUUGAGAUAGUUACUUAACUUGUUGUAAUAAAAAAUUUAAAUGGAAAGAAUUCGCUUCGAUCAAAAAGGCUUCGAGGAGUAUUUCAACGAGGUAUUCCAGUUCAUUUAUCGCCCAGAUGACGAUAGCAAGAUGCUGGUGGACGCUGUUGAGAGACUUGAAUCGCUAAUUUUUGAUCACAUUAAGCCAGCCGUCUGUCUCGAGAUUGGCAGCGGAUCAGGCUAUGUCAUCAACUCAAUUUCAAAAAAUUUCGGCAGCAAAAUUUACAAAUACUAUGCAACCGACAUAAAUCCGAUCGCAAUCGAGACGACUCUUGCAUCAGGAAGAGCCAAUGGUGUUAGCAAUAUUCACGUUGUCAUGACUAGUCUAGUGGAUGAUAUCAAGAAGAAUCUGACACACCAGGUGGAUCUACUGGUAACCAAUCCACCUUUCGAGCCAUCCCCAGUGGAAGAUGUUGGUCGCAAAGGCGCCAUUUGUGCUUGGUCGGCAGGAAAGAAUGGAAGAGCUAUUAUCGAUCGCAUAAUAAUUGAAUUACCGGAUAUAAUGUCUGAUCAUGGUGUGGCACUGAUGUGCUGCGUCAAAGAAAAUGACGUCAACGAUAUAAUACGGCGGAUGGGGGAACAAGACUUUUAUUCCAACAUUGUGAUUGAGCGUGAAGGUACCACUAGCUCGAACUACAAUCGAAUUUAUCAGCAGUAUGUUAUCGCCUUUAGUAAAACAAAUUACUGGGCGGAGCCGUACUAGUUUUCUCCAUGAUUUGAGUGGACCGGAUUUGUGGAAUAACAAUCGUAAUGACGAAAACAACAAAUUUAAGAGAAAUAUGUAAAGAAAUCCUUUACUUACAGUUUUGCACAUUUAAAUGGGGAUAUUAUAUUUGACCGAUAAAUUAAUUCAAAACUACCGAUAAUUUUUUACCGAUAAAAAGUAAUAAAGUACCGAUAAAUUCAUAAA